UCACUCAGUCUGGCUGCCUAGCUCAUGUAUCUUAGCUGCACCUGAAGCAGCAGUAUUAUUAACUUACUCUCGAUCACCUUACAUCUCUAUGACCAGAAGACGUCGGGGGUCGCUGAUGCCAAGCAGAGCGUCGGAGAAGAGCGCGGGGACUUAAGGGGCAGGAGGCAGUUGCAGGAAUUGGACUAGUUAAACGUAUUCCUAACAGUUUAGGAGAACCACAGCCUACAAGACACUGCGCGAAACAGGGACUGACGGCAAGUUUGGGGAAGGAAAGGCACCGAACGGACCCCGAGAUCCUAAUCCAGCCGCCCUUCAUCGCUAUCUCGUACUCAGUUCUACAGUCCCGUUCCUCGCAGCCCCGUUUCGUUUUAUCAAGAUGCCAGUCCACAUCCCAGACGACUCCGAUUUCACCUCCUUCAGAGACCAGUGCGAGGACCAAGAAGGCUGGACAGUCCAGUACAACAAAGGAGGGGUGACGGUCUGGUGCCGAGAACAGGAGAGCAACACGGUCCAGAAGCUAAAGAUGAGAAUCAUUUGCAAGGAUGUCACGGCUGAAACCCUCUAUGAUGUGCUUCAUGACACCAGCUACCGUCGGAAGUGGGAUUCCAACAUGAUUGAGACUUAUGACAUUGGGCGACUAACAGUGAAUGCUGAUGUGGGCUACUACUCCUGGAAGUGUCCCAGUCCAUUGAAGAACAGAGAUUUUGUGACCCUGCGAUCAUGGCUUCCUCUUGGCAAUGACUACAUAAUCAUUAACUACUCCGUUAAACACCCUAAGUAUCCUCCUAAGAAAGACUACGUGAGGGCAGUGUCACUGCAGACCGGCUACCUGAUCCAAAACAACAGUGCUAGUAGCAGUACUCUGUACUAUCUUACCCAGGUGGACCCCAAGGGUUCCCUACCUAAAUGGGUUGUCAAUAAAGUAUCACAGUUUGUAGCACCUAAGGCAAUGAAGAAGAUCUACAAGGCCUGUCUGAAGUACCCAGAGUGGAAGAGGAAACACAAUCCCAACCUGAAACCCUGGGUAUACCCAGAGCAGAACGCAUUGCCUAGCAUUAACCUGGCUGACCUCUCGCUGCAGAACGCCGAUUCACUGGAAAACAUCGAUGAGAGUGGCCUCAGUGAAGAGAAGCUCCACAUUAGCGAUGAGGAUGACAACUUCUCUAAGGAAUCCUAAAACAAGCCCCCUCAUUCUGUUCUAAACUCUCAAGGCCUAGUAAUGUGGUGAUGUGUAUUGUCAUAGAGCUUUAAUAUCAAUCUUCCUUAAGUUUUCAAUUUAAGGUAUCUCCACAAGACUGUUGGCCCGGCCAAAAAAAAAAUACAACUUCUCAAAGUGUAAAAAAAAUUAUCUUUAUACAUCAGUCUCUACAGGAGGUUGGCUUAGAGGGCUAACAGUUGAGUCCUUGCUGUAGACAAACACAUGCGUGGACCUCUUGGUGAAGGGGUUGGGAAUACAAUGAAAGAAAUUUAGGCACAUGUAUUCUACAAUAUUAAUAAAAAGCUCUUUGCUCCACAUAAAUAAAUCCCAGCACCUAACAGCUGGGAAAAACAUUUCUUGGCAUUUACCAUGAUGCUGCACUUUUUGAUACCACUUCCAUCAGUCUGGUGAACUCUUGUUUUUUAACAAUAUUGUAUAAGUAAGUUUAAUUAAGGACCGACUCGCACCAAGUAAUCUACGCACAGGCUUUAGUAAAUAAAUUCAGGCAUUCUUCACCAGUUUGUACUUUCAGGGAUUUAUUCCAAGACUUCAGUUCAAAACUAUCUCAAGUUCUUGGAAUGUUAAGCAAUAAAAAUGUAAGGUCAUCAGUACUACCAAGUCACCUCUGACUUCUGGUAGUCCUGGAUUCAUAAAAGUCUACAAGUAUACGCCUACUCCCCCUAGACAACAGCAUGAGUUUGAUGUCAUUCCCUUAGCAGUCACCAGAGACAGAUCCCUCUUAGGCAGGAGCAUUGUUCUGUUAGCAUGGCUGGCUGGUAAAUUCCUUUUGUUUUCAAUGAGAAGGGCCGAGGCAUGCACUAUUGCAGGUUCAUAUCCCCAAGAGUGUUGCUAGUUCACACUGGGUUCUAUCGGAAACUUGUUUUGCCUAAUUGCUAAAGGAUAAGUCCUCCCAUCCUGUAGGCUUGUAUGCUCCUUACUCAUACAGGAGGUACUUGUUACCUUCCCAAUAGACCAUAUUUGGACCCGUUAUAAUACUCUAGCUUACCCACCCUGCCUAAUUCAAAAAAUUGAAAAUCUACUCACAAAUCUUCUAAACUGUUUAGAUCCGUACAUUGUACAGUAUUUGAAUUUUUCACAAAUGGAGAUCCUUCUUUCCAUCAAUGUACAUUUUAUACCUUUUAUGUAUUGUUUGCUAUGUUUGCUCAUAUCAUUCAGGCCUGUGGGCUGUUUUUAUAAUAAUGAUGGUGCUGGAUAGUGGCAACAUGUUGCAUGUUGGUUAGCACAUGCAGGUAAGAAUUUUGCUGUACUCUGUUCAUGUGACAAUAAUGGCCCUAUAAACUUAUAUAAACCUACAUUCAAAGUACUUUUCAAAAGAAAGAGAAGAAGCAGUCCCCCUCACUUAAUGUUAAUUUGUCUUUGCUUCUACACUCCAUUUUUCCCUAAGUUGCAAUAGUUUAAUUUAAUAUUUGCAGUACUGUAUUGGUAAUUGGUCACUAAAAUGACUCACUUGAUUGUUUAGCAUGUACAUUCCAGAGUUUUGUUUUUUGUUUUCAGAGAAUCACUUGCAGAUUUCAAAAAGUUACCAAAAGCAAUCACAGUAAUUUAUGUAAGCACAACUACAUUAUAUAAAUUUUCCAGUUUGCAGAGGAGGAAAAGAAUGGCAAUCAUUUAUCGUAUAAAAAGUACUAAAAUAAGACAGAUUAUUUAUAAGUUUUAAAAAUAUGCAGUCAUUUUGAAAAGGCUCAAAGAAUAAAAUUAUUCCAGUGAUAAAUCUUUAUUGGCAUAAAUGCAUUAGAAGAUGACUGCAAAGAAGAAGGCUGAGCAUCCUUUCAUAAAGGUUGCGGGUGUGAUCCAGUGAGUAACGACAAGUUCAGGUAAUAAAUGUUGGGGUGACUACCUUGUCGUCCGUGAUAAAUCAAAGAUAAUCUUAAAGCAAAACAGGUGCUCUGUGGUUCGAAAUUGAGUAAAAAAUGAGUAAAAUAAAGAGUCAUCAGGCUUUGUUAUACAGUGAGGUUCCUUACUGAAGUCACAAUAUAAAAGCUCUGUUCACAUACUGGCGCUUCCUUCUGGCGUUUUAUAAAUGGAGAACCAGAAGAGCCAAUGUCACUUGCCUUCACUAGGUGUUUUAUUGGUUACGGUGGAGGGAAUGAAAGAGGACAUGAUUCGCACCAGUGCCCCCUCUUGUCCUGGAGUGGUAUUAGCUACCUCAGACCAAGUGAAUUAAGACAUGAAGUUACUUUUCCAACACUCAAAUUACAUCUCCAAGUCUGACUGAACCUGAUAAAACACUCUACCAUAAUGCGCAGCAGACAUUGGCAUCCUGUAAAACUGCACUUCAUUUUUUGGCCUUUAUUCUUCUGCUGGUUUACCAGUGACUUUCUGGUCAAUACAUGGUUGAGGGGCUCUUUAGCUAAAAGGUUUUUUUUAACAGUGGCAGAGCAGAGGGUGACUGAAUUCAUACAGUUUCACACUUAUUGUGUGAUUUGUUCACUUGUCAUAGCUCUUUCUUACUUCUUUAUAAAACCAGGACAUUCUUUUGUACCUGCAAAUGAAUGUUUCACAGAUCAGUAACUACAUGGUUGUUAAUGUUAAAUUAUAAAAAAUGUGAAAAAAAAGAACCUGAAAUAUGUGGGGUCUGCUAUACUUGUGUAUCAUGGUGUUGACGUAGAGUACAGUUUUUGGCCCUGCUUAGUGUCAAAUAUGUGGCUACAGCUCAUGCCUUGGUAAGGCAGAAUUAAUCAUCCUUUAACUUUAUUGUCUUAUUCACAUUUGACUAAUUUAAGUCUAUUUAACUUUAAUUAGUUUAGAUUUAUCACACUGUUUAGCACUUGGUAUCUUGAAGGGGCUGCAAUGAACUUGAAUGAAGUUAAUCAGCCUCUAAAAAUGGAUUGCUGAUCGAUUCAAAUAUUAAUCACCCAGAUAGUUUUGAUUUCAAAGUAUGGAUUUUCUCAGCUAUUUCUAUUACAAUGUAUAAAGUCUGCCCAAAAGAAAUAUACAGUAUAUGUUUACUCUAAGAGUAACAGUUUAGAGCAAGCAAAAGACAGUUUAUAAAAAUAACAGAGCGACCCACAUCUGAAAGCUUUUAUUUUUGGUUAGAUAACACCUCACAAUUAAGAUGGUCCUCUUUGAAAAGUCUUAUUUUGUGGUGCAGGUGUCCAUCUGGUUACUAAACAGUAAGAGCUGUCCUGCACAAACAGUGCUGUUCCCACACAAAAUCAUUGUCACCUUAUUCAUAAUAACACCUGUGUAAAUGAUAAAAUAAUAUGAUAAAAGAAAAGUAACAUUGGCCUGUACAAUUAGUCAAACAUAUGAAUACUUUUUGAAGAAAGUGAAAUAUUUUUAUAGAUUUAGCUACUGUAUAUGCAUGAUACUGUAGGUUUAUCGUUUUUCAUGAAUAUAGAACAUAAUGUAAAUAAAGUAAUUUAGCUGCUCAAAACUUUGUUUUGUUUGAAAUUCUUAAAAGGCAGAUUUAUUUAAGCAACUGCCACCUGUUUUUGCUUAUUGCGUGUAUUUCUACAACUGUGUCAUUUCUGAAACACAGUAUGCGAUUAAAAAAAAACAACUAAAUAGCAAAGUUCUAAUUCUUUCAAGUUAAUUACUUAUUACACUCCAGCAAACCAAGUUCCAAUUUUCGCUCAGCACCAACACUAAUUUGCCAUGUUAGUGCUGGCUGUGUAAUGGCUAUAAUCAGGAGGUUUAAACAGAGUUUACGCUAACAAGCAUUAGCAUCAAAAGUCGUUCACUGAGGGUUAUUAUGCAAAAUGAUGUUUCUAGAAGUAAGAAAGCUGGUUUUUCAGAACUCACAUACAUCACUUUUUCAAAAUUGAAACCCAUUGCUCAUUUAUUCCUAAUAAGAGGGUUCCUUAUGAAGAAAAUGCAUGGAAGAAGCCUGUGUUAAAAGUUAUGUUUCUAAAAUAUUAGUCAGUGAUUAGUUUAUUGAUGAUCAUUUUAAAUUACACAAACUGUACUUAUCAUGUUAUGCAUUGUUAUGAACUUGCAGUUCAAAGCAUCACAAAGUUCCACAAUUCCCUGAAAUUUCUACCAGGGAGAUAAAACCGUCAAAACCCAGACUCUUUCCAAAUAAAAAUAUUUAUUUUUCAAAUUUGCUUUGUAACAAAAAGGUCUGUGAAGCACAAAAGCAAAAAGGAGUUGCCCACAAGGCGAUGCGGGGAAAACAAAGUCCCAAUACAAUAUCCAAAAAGAGUGGUUAAAAAACAGAGCAAGAAGGUUGAAAUGUACUGUAGAAAACUACAAUAUUAAGCAAAGCACAGAAAAUGCACCCUUCCAUUAGCACAUUCAAAUGAAUUGUCAAGAACUGUGGGAAACCCUUGUCUUUAUAGGGCUGUAUAAGGCAGUCCCUGGCCGUGAUUGGAAGGAGGCCUCACCUCUUGGGGGACAACCCACAAAACAUAAGGCACAAGACAAAGGCUUAGAUGCACAGAAAACAUUAAAAACAAAGAAUAAUGAUAAUGCGAGGGACGUUCAAAACGUUUCCACACUUUUUUCAAACUC